UUCGGCGAGGGCGCGGCCUCUGGGAGGGGGGCGCACGACGCGCAUCCCCCGCGCUCGCCCGGGCCACUCGGGAGCCUCGCGGCAGCCCGGUGCCCCACUUGGCCAUCCGCUCCGUGCUUCUUCUUUGCGCCCGCCUCCUCUUGUCACCUCCCGUCUCACCCUUCUCGCUUCGUCCCCGCCGCAUACAUCGACAUCCGAGUACCUCAGAGAGCCGGAGGUGGUGCGCGGGGCUGCAGGGCGCGCCCUCAAGCGGUCCCCAGCUCGACAUUGGGGGGCACGGGCAACAGCAUGGACACCAAGCGCUGCUUCGCAAACCGCUUCGAUGACUACCAGGGCAGCCUGCUGGCGGGCCAGUGCGAGGAGGCGGUGGCGCCCUUGGUCACCGCCACCAUCGAGCGCAUCCUCCAGGAGCUGCCCCCACUUGGGGGCGGCGCUGAGGCCCGGGGGGCGACGGCCGGGGCCAGCGUCUGCCAGGGUGGGCUGUACAGCGGCGUGGCCGGGGUGGCCUACAUGCUCUACCACGUCUCCCAGAGCCCCCUCUUCGCCGCGGCCCGGGAGCGCUACUUGCGCUCCGCCAAGCGCCUCAUAGACGCGUGCGCCCGCGCCGAGGAGUGGGGCGAGCAGGACGCCGACACCCGCGCCGCCUUCCUACUCGGGGGCGCGGGCGUGUACGCUGUGGCCACGCUGGUGUACCACGCCCUGGGCCGGUCCGACUACGUGCAACCGCUGGGCAAGUUCCGGGCUCUGUGCGCCGUCUGCGCGCCCGUCUCCUUCCUGGAGUGCGGCUCCGACGAGCUGUUCGUGGGCCGCGCGGGCUACCUGUGUGCCGCGCUGGUGCUCAAGCAGAAACUCGCCCAGGAGGUACUGACCCCGGCACAGAUCAAAUCACUUUGCCAGGCAAUUCUGGACUCAGGGAAGCAAUAUGCUACGAAGAAGAGGAAACCAUUCCCCCUGAUGUAUUCUUACUAUGGAACUGAAUACUUGGGGGCAGCUCAUGGCCUGUCAUCCAUUCUCCAGAUGCUUCUUUCUUACCAUGAGCACCUCAAGCCCUCAGAUCGGGAGCUGGUGUGGCAGAGUGUGGACUUCCUCAUGGAACAGGAACAGAAUUGCAACUGGCCACCUGAGCUCGGCGAGACUAUCGAGAGAGAGAAUGAGUUGGUCCACUGGUGCCACGGUGCUCCAGGAAUUGCCUAUUUGUUUGCCAAAGCUUAUCUGGUUUCCAAGAAACCACAGUACCUGGACACAUGUAUCCGUUGUGGGGAGCUCACGUGGCAGAAGGGCCUGCUGAAGAAGGGGCCAGGGAUUUGCCAUGGUGUAGCUGGCAGUGCCUAUGUGUUCCUGCUGCUGUAUCGGCUGACUGGAAACUCAAAAUACAUAUACCGUGCCCAAAGGUUUGCUCAAUUCUUAUUUACCGAGGAAUUCAAGGCCGGGUCACGGGUCCUUGAAAGUAUAUACAGCUUGUACGAAGGCUUCUCCGGGACCGUGUGCUUUCUGAUCGACCUGCUGCAGCCCAAUCAGGCUGAAUUCCCUCUCUUCAGCGUCUUUGUUUAAAAGGUUCCAUCUCCCACUGUGGCCCUGCAGAAGUCCCCUGAGAUUUCCUGAGCCUGCCAAGGCAGUUUCCACAUAAGCCACAUUCAAUGGUAUCACGACCAUGAGCCUUAACAUUGCCGCCAGAAGGAUGGGAGCAGGCAGGGAAGACAGCAUGAUAGCAGACUGCCAAAUAAGACACCACAAUUCAUCUAAAAACUGUAGCGAAUGUAUGUUUCAGGGAAUAGGUGUAAAACCAGAGAUCAAAGGGAAAGGGAAAAAGAAAUGAUCUAUUUUUCAGUUGAUGACACAAAACAAAACUGAAAAGGGGACUAUGGCAAUAAAAUAUUAGUACCUUCCCAAUUGGAGAGAGAAUCUGGCCCUCUGUGGGUGCUUUCCACCCCUAAAUUCAGAAGUAUAGACAAUCAAAAAUUAAUUUGCCCUGCUGAAAACUGUUAGCAGGGAUGAAGUGUCAGGAUGAAGGACAUAAAAGAAAACCUUUGAUUGUCCUAAGCCUUUACUUAUUGAAAUUCAUGAUUUUUACUGAAUGGAGAUAUUUGCAUAUGAAUAUUUUUUAAUCAUUGCCCUGAGCACUUUAAAGACAUCAUAUCAUAACUUAAACACUGAAAUUCCACAUUUCCUUAGGCCUUAGAAUAUCUUUUUUCCUAGUUCCUUUUUCUUUCCUAAAGCUCAAUUAGAAUAGUAAAAUUCAGGCAGGGCUGGGGAUGUAACUUGGUGGUGGAAUGCAUGCUCAGCUUGCACAAGGCCCUGGGUUCCAUCCCCAGAACCACAAAUAAAAAUGAAGAAAAACUCAUAGUCUAGCAAAUUGUAGCAAGCGUUACUGUCAAGUAUUUUUCUGAAUUUCAAGUGUGAGCUGUAUAUUGUCUGUUUUUGGUAAUUUUUAAAAUGCCUUUAUGUAUGUAAUCUCUAUAAAGCUAUUAGUCAAACUGUAAAAUUUGCUCUUGGUAAAAAUCACUCAUCUCAAAGAUCAGGGUAACCACUACAAAGGUGUGUCAUUUCUGCCUUUGGUGUAAUACUCUGUCCCUUGGGACAGACAGACACAGGCUGAGAAAGGCACCAGUUGAUUGUGGAAGGAAUGUUGCUCAAUUUUAUACUAUUAGUUUAAGAGAUGAGUGAACUCCCUGGCUGGUCACCUUACCUUCCAAGACACAGGGUCCACUAGAAAUUGGUUACAAUACCCAUUGAGCCAAGUUAUCAUAUCAAAUUAAACCUGCUGUAAACACAUAGAAGUUGUGAAACUGCUUCAAGUAAAUAGUGGUUUACAGAACACUAUAGUAGCAUUUGUCACUUUAAUCUGCAGAGCAUGAGUUUACCCCUAUCCUAAAAUUUGAUCCUGGACAUUUUCAUAUUUCACAGUAAGGAGGAAAUUGUACCAUAUAGGACUUAAUUAUUUAAAUAGUCAUUAGAUAUUUGGAUAUAUAUGUGUAUAUAUAUAUACGUGUAUAUAUGCUGCAUCUAUCCCCAUGUAAACCUAAGCACUUAUUCUGUAGUUCAGUAGUUCCUAAGCUGGGUCAUUGGUAGACUUUGGGAGGAGUUAGGGAAUACUCUGUUGCCUAAAAGCAUUUGUAUGUAUGUUGGGGUGUUUAGGUGCACACAUCCUUGUGUUUGUACGUGUGUGUGUGUGUAUGAGUGUAUGCAUUCAGUGCUCCUUUUGGGGGGAAAUAUUCAAGAGAUUCACUAAGAAUCUUACCAAAGAAAGGUAAGAACUGAUAGUUGUACAUUUUACGACUCUUUGUAUGUUUGCACUAAUCAAAACAAACUAGAAUAGCCAGGCAUGGAGGCACACACCUGUAAUCUUAGCUACUUGGGAGGCUAAGGCAGGAAAAUCACAAGUUCAAGACCAACCUGGGUAACUUAGUGAGACCCUGUCUCAAAAUAAAAGAAUAAAAUAAAAGGGUGGGGGAACUGGGGAUGUAGAGCACUUGCCCAGACAUGAACAAGGCCCUAAGCCUGAUCCCCAGUACCAGCAGUCGGGGGGAACCUAAGACAAGAUGAUUUGGAAAAGCACGCAUCUUUUUCACUUAUUCCAUUUUCACGUCCUCAGAUAUAAGCAUACAAAAUUGGUCUCCAUUGUUCAUCUAUGAAAAUACUCAGUUUGAGGCAAUACCACAUAAAUAGCAGCUUUCAGAUCACUUCCAAAAUAGAGUUCCAGAAGUUCUUUCAGGAACAGACAAGCACCUCUUGGAUAGUCUUAAGGCAAGAUGUCUUUUACAAAGUGGAGUCUCCUUUUGGCAUGAUAGGACUGUUUUUCACAAUCUCAUUUAAAAAUCAUUUUGCGUGGCCCCUAUAAGCUGACGAUAAUAACCACCCAAGAUUAGGGCUUUAUUAAAGGAAUACAUGUUCUUUUCAUCAUCCAGCAACCCCUUUGAAAUGUGUUAGGUAAUUGCUCCAAAAUCUCAUAGUUAGGAGAGAGCUGAACAAAGAUUUAAACCCAGGCUUUCACUAUCCGUUCAGUGUUCUAGAAUGAUUCUGGUGAGAUGGUAGUGAACAAAAUCCCCCUUCCCGCCAAGCUACGUUCUGUUUGCUGAUCCUUCCACCAUUCAUCUUUGAGACCUAAAACCUGAAGGACAAGCCCAUCCCCUCAGUUCUAUUUCUAUGAACUUUAGAAAAACUGUACCUCUUUUCUGUUUACAUGCCCUUUUAGGAUCUGGUAGGGUGACUGUGAUGUUGUGGUGCUGACUGUUCUGGAAAGGUAACCCUUUCUGUGUGCCAGGUCCAAACAAAGUCCAUGUUCGGGUAUUGUCUUUGAAAUGACACCUCAGUAAAUUAGAAACAAGGGUAAAGGUUGUUAGGACUUAAACGUAUUGUUGAAACUUUUCAUUUUCCUAAGGGAAUGAAUUGUAGAUUUGGGAAGGUAUUCAAUUUUGUUUUCCCAAGAAGGGGUAAGAAAGACCUUUAAGUCAUAGGAAAGUGAUAUGCCACUGUCUAUUUAAUUAUCCAACUUGUUCUCUUCUAGGUAGCAACAUUCUUGAUGUAGUAUGUUGCCUCUUGAAGGCCCUAAUCUAGCUUUAAUAUUAUUUACUAGAUAUGACCCAAACAAUUAUGAACCCUGAAGGUAAUUGUGGAAAUGUUGGAGGAUACAUUAAGUCAUUUGAUAAUGGAAAGACUGGAUUGUACUUUGAUGACAGGACAUUUUGUAAACCAUUACAGUUCUGUGUUUUGCUUCAUUAACACAAUUAUAUGUCUUCUCUUCCACACAGCCACCAAAUAAUAUCUACAUUUUACUCAAAUCUCAUUUCACUUCUCAGUUUUUUAC